AUGGUAUUGGUGACCACGGACACGUUCUUGGACAAGGUGGCCGCGUUCUACGCCGAGGCGCACGACGUCCAGGGCUCUGUAGCCAUCUCGUGCAAGAGCGUGCCAGUGACCAAAGUGAACGGGAAGGAGCAGCAGAAGAUCCGGAAGCUCACGGUGGAAGACGGCGAGCACGUGCUGCUGUUCCGAGCUUGUAAGUAUGGCAACAACAAGCACAAGAAGAAAUACAGCACCGUGGUGACAGCUGUGCAUCACGCGUCGUUCCACGCGUCACUGAGCCAAAUUGUCAAGACAAAGGUGGACGCGGGUGGUAAGAGUUCCGGGAAGCGGGUGGUGGCCAAGGUGAAGAAGACGACGCAAUAG